AUUCUAAAGCUGCAUCGCUGGGGAGGAGAGAAGAUGGUGAGAGGGAAAACCCAAAUGAAACGGAUCGAGAACACUACGAGCAGGCAAGUGACCUUCUCCAAGCGUCGGAACGGAUUACUCAAGAAAGCGUUCGAGCUUUCCGUUCUCUGCGAUGCCGAAGUCGCUCUCAUUGUCUUCUCCCCAAGAGGGAAACUCUGUGAGUACGCCAGCUCCGGCAUGCAGAACACAAUAGAUCGUUACCAAAGACUUGCUAGAGAUGUACAAACCAACAGCAAGGCAAUAGAACAAAGCGUGCAGUCCUUGCAGAAUUUGAAGUAUGAAUAUGCUAACAUGGAAAAGAAGAUUGAACUUCUUGAAGUUUCAAAACGGAAGCUUAUGGGAGAAGAUCUGGGAUCAUGUUCUAUAGAUGAACUGCAACAGAUAGAAAACCAGUUGACACAAAGCUUAAGCAAUAUUAGGGGAAGAAAGACUCAGUUAUUUAAGGAACAUAUUGAGCAACUAAAGGAAAAGGAGAGGAUACUGAAAGCGGAGAAUAGAAUACUACGCGAGAAGGUGCAGGCACUGCAACAAACAAUCCUAGAUAGACAGAUUGUCCCACACAAUCAAAGUAGUCCACAUACAGAUGUGGAAACUGAACUGUCUAUUGGAAUACCUGAAAGAGGAAAUGUGUGCUCCCCAUCAGAGAAUUGAUUAGUAUUCUCAAUGGUACCAAUAUAGAAUGAUUAUAAAGGGAGAUAGAUUAGUAUUUUGGCUUGAAAAGAACUUAAGCAAUUUAUCUACAUUCUAAUAUGUGAAACAAACUAGAAAACAACAAUAACAAUACAAUAGUAGUAUUUGUUU